AAAAAUUAUGGGUUCCAGUAGCAGUCGUAUAAGAUCAUCAUCAUCCGGGUCCAGGUCAGGGUCAAGACCUAAACGGAGCAAGCUCAAACUUUCCUCUUUUUUCUGUGGUGGUGCCUCCACUUCUCAGUUGGACCAUGAGCUUGAAGAUUAUCCCCAACCUCUGGUUGGUGAUUUUUCCCGGAAUUCUAUAGCAGAAUCUUCUUCAACAUUUAGUUCAGAAGUUGGUCAUGCUACUCAACCUGAGACAGGAUCCUCAUCAGAAAGCACUAGUGGUCUUAGUCAUGAUGCUUUUGUUGAAUAUAAUUUGAUAAAUGCCGAAGUGAACAUCAAUAAUACAUGCAUUUCAAAUGAAAAACAUUCAAUAUGUGACCAGGCUAGAGACAGCUUGGCUGCAGCUGUUAGUACUGAAUCUUUGACGCGCUUGAAUACUGAAGACUCUCACACUGUGCCAGAAGAGUGCAGAAGCUCAUGUUCACAUGGGGAUUCAAUCGAGAAUCACGGGGAUGUGCAUAUUGAGUCAAGCUCUGAUUCUAGAUCUAUUUCUGUUACUUCUGACUCCAUACCAAGGCAUCAAUUUCUUGAGGGUGAUACCUCUGAAGAAGCAACAACUUCAGGUUCGGGAUUUCUUUUGCUGGAUAGUGAGCUUGGAGUAAACUCAUCUCAAGAUGUGCUACAUGUUGAUGUGGUGAGUAUCUCUUCCAACAUUUUAUCUAGUAGCAUUGCUGAUAUAGGUAGUCAAGAAACAAGAAGAAGCAGUAGGCGGCUCUUUUGGGAUGCUAUAUCAAGACGCAGUUUAAGAAGGCAUAGUGAUUCUCCAACCAUUGUUUUCGCAACUGGUCAUGCUGAUGAUCUAGGAUCUCGUGACAGAUGGCUAAUUGAUUUGAAUGGUGAUCUCCAUUAUGAUGGGGUUGGAUUUGAUUCUGGUUAUGGGGCUGGUAGGAAUCAUCGCAGAAGUGAACAAAGACAGACAACAAGAUCUGAGACAUCUGAAAGAGUUCUUGAAGGCCUUGGUAACCAAGUUCCACAACAAAAUCUUUGCUCAUCAGGCCUUCAUCCUGAUGGUUCAUGUUCGUGUGAACCAUUACUUACAACUGAAGAGUUCAGUACCCUUGCAAGUAUUUCACGAAUAAUUAUACUAGCUGAGGCCUUAUUUGAGGUCCUCGAUGAGAUCCAUCAACAAUCUUUCACACUUUCGCUAUCUACGCUCUCGCUUCCAGCUCCAGAUUCUGUUGUGGACUCAUUUCCUCUCAAGUCUCACAAGAAGUUAGGAGCUAUAGACAAUGCUCCCACUGAUAUCCAACAGUGCCACAUUUGUUUGGCUGAGUAUGAGGAGGGAGACAAACUGAGGGUGCUCCCUUGUCGCCAUGAAUAUCAUAUGCAUUGUAUCGAUAAAUGGCUUAAGGAAGUAAACCGGGUCUGCCCAGUUUGCAGGUGCAAUGUUUGUGAGAAUCCCGCGAUUGGUUCUGUCUCGAAUUCAGAAGCUUCUUAACAAUGGUG